AGCUUAAGUGCUACGGGACGGGGUACUCUUCCCGCUUUAUUUUUGUCAGACUUUCAGUAUUGUGCAUCCUUCAAAUUAUGUUUUUUUUUACCAAAUAAUUAACUUUGUGGUGAAUUUCUGGGUUAGUUGUUUGUAAAAGUGCACAAGAAUGAACUCUGCUAAUAAGGUUGCCGAUAUAUUUGGAGCUGCAGGAUUAGCUUUCAGUACGUUGGGGAAAUUGACCAUGCAGCUACAUUCCUCAGAAAAUGCCAAUGCUGGGUCAAAAUGGAGUGAAGAUGAAAUUGAAAUGUUGAGAAGUUCCAUUAAGCGCUUUGGAGAAGAUCUUGAAAAGAUUUCUGAACAUAUUAAAGACAAGACGGUGACACAAAUUCAUGGUAGUUUGAAGAAAAAAACUUUUGAGGCAGCAGGUAUUCCUUUGUCUAAAGUCAUCAGCCAACCAGUUGUUCAACCAAGUCCACUCCAGAAUAUUAAUUCAAGUCCUCAGCAAGCAGUUGUAGUUGUUCAACAACAGCCCCAAAUGAUUAAUAACAAGUCGACAGCUGAAGUGACAUUGAACAUGUUAAAUGCCUCUGAAAAUGAAGUUGAUGUUGAAGGGUUAAAUUUUGAAGGAGCAAAUGAAGUUGUCACAUCUUAAAACUUUCUGAUAAAUUAAUACACAGCAUAAAAAUGAAA